AUGGAUUCACCUGAUCUUUGGCACCCUCCAGAAGAACAAUUUUGCUUUGCUUUGGUCAACAACUCGUGCCCUAGAAAUGGGAGGUCUGUGUUGAGUGCGUGUACCAUGUACAUUGUCAUGAUUGGUGCUAUAGUGAUGACCAUGAUGGGCAACCUGGUUGUGAUCAUUUCCAUCGCCCACUUCAAGCAGCUCCAAUCCCCAACCAACUUCCUGAUCCUCUCCAUGGCCACCACGGACUUUUUGUUGAGCUGUGUGGUCAUGCCUUUCAGUAUGGUCAGGUCCAUCGAGUCCUGCUGGUAUUUUGGAGACCUCUUUUGCAAAGUCCACAGCUGCUGUGACAUCAUGCUCUGUACCACGUCUAUUUUUCACCUCUGCUUCAUCUCUGUGGACCGCUACUAUGCUGUCUGUGAUCCUUUGCAUUAUGUCACCAAAAUCACCAUCCCUGUAAUAGAGGUCUUUCUGUUCAUCAGUUGGUCCAUCCCCAUCUUUUUUGCCUUUGGCCUGGUAUUCUCAGAGUUCAACAUAAUUGGUGCAGAAGACUUUGUUGCAGCCAUUGACUGUACAGGUUUGUGUGUAUUGAUAUUUAACAAGCUCUGGGGGGUGCUGGCCUCCUUUAUAGCCUUUUUUCUCCCUGGGAUUGUAAUGGUGGGGAUUUACGUACACAUUUUCACAGUAGCUAGGAAGCAUGCUAGGCAAAUUGGCACGGGUCCUACCAGGAAACAGGCAGGGUCAGAAAGCAAAAUGAAAGUAUCAUCCAAAAAGGAAAGCAAGGCCACCAAGACUUUAAGCAUAGUCAUGGGAGUGUUUGUGCUGUGCUGGCUGCCCUUUUUUGUCUUGACGAUCACAGACCCUUUCAUUAAUUUUACAACUCCUGAAGAUUUAUACAAUGCCUUCCUCUGGUUGGGUUAUUUCAAUUCCACUUUCAAUCCCAUUAUAUACGGUAUGUUUUAUCCCUGGUUUCGCAAGGCUUUGAGGAUGAUUGUCACGGGAACCAUCUUCCAGCCUGACUCUUCUUCCCUAAACCUAUUUCCUACAGAUGCUUAG